AUGUCUGGCUGCAAGCAAAAUUAUAACUCUAUCUUCAUUAUUGUCAAUGGUAGUGACUGGAAUUGUUGGUUGGUUGAGUUAGUGGAAUGUUCCAGUGGUUACGGUUUGGUCAGGUCUCCGAUCGCUGUGUCUUCGAUCCCUUCGUCACGUGGUAAUGGUUUAUUUCUUUUAUCACUGCUGUUGUAUCAAAUAUUUAGUUUCAUUGUUGACUUUGAUUAA